CCUACAUUCUAACACCAGUCGAGCUACAGAACACAAGUGGGAGCAUAGGAUACAAAAUAAAUACACAUUAACACACAAAUACACGAAACAUAGUACAUAUAGACAGACAUACAUCUAACAAUAACAAGAAGCAAACGGAUUGAGGAUGUCUGCCGAGGUGGAGGAAAUGUUGAAGCGCUUUUCAGCCUUCAAGAACGUGCAGGGCAUCAUUGUGGUCGACAAUGAUGGCAUACCCAUUAAGACAACCAUGGAGUAUACCACAACUGUACAUUAUGCGGCCCUCAUGCAGACCCUGGCGGAGAAAGCACGUCAGGUGGUGUUGGACUUGGAUGCGGCCAAUGAAUUUGUAUUGAUACGCAUGCGUACGCUCAAGAGCGAGAUCAUAGUCGCGCCCUCGGAUGAUUACUUUAUUGUAGUCAUUCAAGAUCCGUGCGACUAAGAAAAGAAAUAGCCGCACCAAUAGACGAGUAUGCGAAGCAAAUUGUUGGAAAGUUUAGAUUUAGUUACAGGCAAUUUAAAGACAGUUAAGAGGAACAAAAAGAAGCAGAGUUUUGUAAUAGACAGCUGUAAAAAGAAAUGUUUUGCCCCAUUUUUAAUAUCAAUAUCAACAUCUGGUAAUUACUAUUAAAUGGGGGUCAUUCGUUAAAAAAGUAUACUUACUGGCUAAAUUAUUAAAAAAUUACAACUUAGCUGCAAGCAAUGUAAUACAAUUUAAAGACAACCGAUUCCCACACAUAUGGGAUGCUGCAGGGCUAUCUGUUAAGUGAAAUGUACAAAAAGAACCUUUCGACCAAAUCUCAGCCUCAAUUAAAUGAACAUUUAAACAAAAAGCUGGAAAAAUAAUAAAAAGCAUUAAUCUACCCCAAA